AUGCCUCAGGGCCCCUCAGAAACCCCUGCUGCUGCUGCUGCUGCUGCUGCUGCAGGAGCAGCAGCAGCAGCAGCAGCAACAGCACCAGCAGCAGCAGCAGCAGUAACGGGGGAGGAAGCAGCAGAAGGUGCAGCAACAGAAGCAGCAAAAGCAGCUACAGCAACAGAAGCAGCAGCAGAUCGAGCAGCAGCACAACCAACGGCAGCAGCAGCAACGGAAGCUCCAGCAGCAAAAGAAGCAGCAGCAGCCGAUGGAGCAGCAGCAGCAGAUGGAGAAGCAGCAGCAGCAACAACAGCAACACCAGCAGCAGCACCAGCCCCAGCUGCAGCAGCAGCAGCAGCAGCAACUCCUUCAUCUGCUGCAGCACCAAGUAUAACACCCGCAGCAGAAUGCACUGUUCCUAACAGCAGCAGCACCACCCCCACCACCAGCAGCAGCAGCAGCAGCAGCACCACCCCCAGCAGCAGCAGCAGCAGCAGCAGCAGCAGCAGCAGCAGCAGCAAGCCAGCAGUGCUGCGGCUUCGUCUGGGCGGCAGGCAGUUUCCUUCCGCAGCAGCAGCAGCAGCAGCAGCAGCAGCAGCAGCAGCAGCAGCAGCAGCAGCAGCAGCAGCGGCGUUUCCUUUUCUGUUGGCAGCAACAUCGUCACGCUCGGAACCCCUAACAAACGCAACAGCAGCAGCAGCAGCAGCAGCGCAGCAGACAGCAGCAGCAGCAGCAGCAGCAGCAGCAGCAGAAAGCGCCGCAGCACAAAGGGACCCCAUUUAG